AUUCAAAACCCCACGUAAAGAACUUCAAUCAUAUUUCAUAUCAACAAUGGCAGCAACCAAGUUCAUGGCUAUUCGUUUGGCCUUCCUUUUACUGCUCUUCACCUCUCUUCCAGCUUUUCAUGAAUGUAGUAGAAGCAGCAGCAUCCAUGGCAAUGAACUUGACCCAGGCAGCAAAAUAACACUAGGACCAUGCAGUCAUAAACCUUGUCCUACAUUGGGGCCAGCUUCCGGCGAUGGCAUAUUCCGUAGCUGUUGGUGCUGCAUAUCAAGAAAAUCAGAGUGUUAUACUGUGAGAGCCGAUUGCGAAAAGAAUUGCCCCCUCGGACCACCUCCUGAUCUUCCAUUUCCAUAACUAGACUUAGCUUAGCUUUUGAUAUAUUUCAAAUGUGGGAGUUUUAAAAUGAAAACUAUAUAUUGCAGAGCAGACUGUUUUAUA